GAACCCUACAAUCUCUCUUUGCAGUACUCGAAACGUCUCUUACGGCACUGGAAGAGCACCCUCGCGUCAUUUCCGUACAAUCAUUUGUUUAUUCCUGAGUUGCAUCCUUAGUCGUGCUGCCCCCGACGUACAUCCUUCCUAUUUCCGAGGUACGCAUGUUAUACAUACCGUUUUAUGUGCUGUCUCGUGUUUCCAUAUCUCUCAAUCUUCUCCUCCUUCGUCACGUCAUUCGUGGUGUGUAGCGGUACAUCCAAAUACAUGUCUGGUGUCAUAAUGUGGCCUCCAUACUAUGGCACACCUUCGCGGGGUGGCAGGAGAGAGCCAAGUACGUUCGAAAUCGUACGCGGACGACCGCGACAAGCAAUGCGACAAGUAAAACCCAAGCAAUCGUUGGCUUCGAAUACCAUCCUGGUAAUGCCCAGGCUAGAUCUUUGAAUCACCCUGAGCGUUCGCCCUUCUCAGUGGCCCACGUCAUC